AUGUCGAUCAUGACUUCACCACAACGAGCACCCCGGGUUUGCCGGAUAUGCAAGGCCAAGAAGAAAGCAUGCGGUAAAGAAUUACCUACCUGUUCCUACUGCUUCAAACGUGGCUUCGACUGCGUCUACGAAAAUGAGAGCGAUACACCGCCAAUUAGCGACAAUGUAGCAGAGGUGUUCAAACCAUGGUCUCUUACGUUAUUCCCCAUGUCUAUUUCCGAUACCACUUUGGACAGAACGAUGGCUUAUCAUCUGCACUACCUUUACAAAGUAGUCGGCCAAUCUCCCCUUCAAGCCGGGAAACGUUUCCUUGACAACUUUCAGAGGUGGUUACCCGUCAUAGCCCCACGACGCCUGGAUGAGCAUAUUGAGCUAAGCAAGCGAGGACUUGUUGGGGCUGACGUUUCGAUUCUUUUGCUUUCAAUAUGCCUUGUCACUCUGCGAUCUGGUGGAGACUUGGCCGAUCCUCUUGUACAUCAUGCAGCGGUACACACUACUGUGAGAACAUUGUACGCUCAAGUUCAAGCUAUGAUGCACGCCAGCACAUCCUUGGUUCAGGCUGGUAUUAUCUUAUCGGCUUAUGAGUAUGCUAGUGGCCAGAUUGACUCAGCCUUUAUAUCGAUCGCUGUAUGCAUCAGAAUGGCACAGGUUGUUGGCGUUGACACUGCAUAUAAUAGGCUGGAUGCUGUCCAAGAAGAGACGAGAUUGCAAGCGACGUCAGAGUGGAAUUUGUGGUGGUCCAUCAUUGUGCUGGAAAGCGAUGCCGGACGCCGAGCUCCCAUGGCAGUCUGCCCAAAUUCCGACGUACCUUUACCUUCUGACACAGAAUCCAACGGCGAAUACAUUCCCACGUAUUGCACAAUGUCUUCUUCGACUAUCCAGACCUCUUCCGGUUUGAGCAGUUUCGGCCGACAAGCGCAAGCUAUCUAUUUGCUUGACCGCUGCUUGAAUGAGACGAAUCAGUCUGAACAAGGUGACUCAGAGUCACAACUCUUGAAGCUACAGCAGUUGGACAAAGAUUUACAACAGCGGUUGUCUGUGUUCAUGACACAGACGCCGCAUGAGCCGGGGCUCCGUUGUGGAACUAUCGCAACAGUAAUACGGUCGUUAUACAUUUUACACAAGGAGAUAUUGUCGAGAGCGGGCUCGUUGCCAGUAGACGUUGAUCGAGAGCGAUGGGUUAGGAGCUCUGAAGCCGCGUUAGAGACAAUCACUAAGAUCAUGACUGAUGUUGCGAAGCAUCAUUUGGAGUAUAUUUCUCGCUCUGGUGUUGACUGCUUGGCUUUCUGCUGUGCUUGUAACCUUCGCGUGGCUAUAAAGCAUAUUGAAGAUCGUUGUAAGCAUGGCUUUGUAUGUAAGAGUCUUGUCUCCCAAUUAAAUACUGUAUCAAUCACGGUACUCGUUCAAAAUCAGCGGAUCAUGUCGCAGAUGAACCAUUUGCGUACAGGCAAUAGCUCCCACUUGGGCGGCGACAUGGAUGAACCGCUUGCCGGUAUCCGAGCGAGAUAUUCAGAACCCAACAUUGCGACGCAAUUAGUCCACAUUCAAGCGGCCAACGUGCCGCAACAGAAGUCUUUGGAUUUCCUCGAGAGGCUCGAGUGUCUAUAUUACACAGAUCUACUGCGACGUGAUGAGAGUCAAAGCUCAACCCAGCCGAUUUUAGGUCUUGUCCCAAUCAACGCUUUUGAGGAGAGAAAGUACGUAGCCCUCUCGUACACAUGGAAGCCGUCCCCGGAAGAGGUCGAUAUUUCUGACGGUGGGUACUUGGUUGAAGACAUUCAGUCUGGCCAUCCGAAACCGUCAUCCGUGAGGAAUAUAGUUUUCAGCCGGAUAAAGCGGUACAUGGAUUAUGUUAAAUCCGGUCAUCUGUGGAUCGAUCAACACUGCAUCCAUCAACAGGAAGGCGAAUCAAAGGAGAUUGGCAUGCAGGCAAUGGACCGAGUCUAUAGCCUUAGCGAGCACCCAGCCGCGCUACUAUCACGGAAUAUCAAUACCUCGGAGCAGCUGCAACUACUGACAGACAUUCUCUCUGGAAGUUUUGUGACAAGGCGGGGAGAUAAAUACUUGCCAUCAUCACCGGCACAUUGGAAGAGGGCUCUAGAUGCGUUUCAACUUCUACACUAUAUCACUUCCGAUACUUGGUUCUCCAGAGGAUGGACUUACCAAGAGAACUAUCGUGCGAACAAUAGUAUGACACUACUCAUUACCCACUCCCCAAGACUCAACCUUGAAAAGCCAUCUCGUCACUUUAAAUCUCUGGACGGAGAACUCCUGAUCAAGUCCAAGGACUUUUACGAGCAGGCAACAAAACUUUGUCUAGCCUAUUCAAAUUACAAGCCGACACCACCGUAUCUAUCCACUAUUCUCUCCAGAGCUAAGCGAUAUAAAAUUUCACUUGCUAGCAGCGAUGAUUCAGCCCCAGUGUCAAUGUCCCCGACUAUCAUCGAAGAUAUAACUAGUCGCCAACUGGAAAGGGAGUGGGAUAGACUAGCCAUUAUCGCUAACUGCUGCCAGUAUACCAAACGCUUGAACAGCACAAAGCUCCAGGGCAACAAGCACAGUCUUAGUCUAUCUUUGCUUACACUUGUUCUGAUGAAUGGAGAAAUCUUGCGUAAUCAUCCUCGGGAGAAGCUCGACGUCAACGCGGUGAGGAAAAUGACUAUCAUCGAGUUCUUACACAAACACUUCUUCUACGGGUUGGAUUGCCCUUGGGAAAAUGCAAAGCUUACGUUUAAUAAGGGUUGUCGUUUUGCAAACGUUGUUCUGACCGAAGAGGGUGUACGGACUAAGGGUUACCUAUGGCGGUUUGACGGCGAGAUCUCAACCGCUCAGUUUCGAAAUUACAUUCAGACUCGCAGAAGGAAGAGAAACCGCCAGCCGAUAAAAAGGCCACUUGACUGGCUAGCGGAGCAAUUGGCCGAUGAGUGUCCAGUAGAAGAGGCUAUAAUGCAGGGAAAGCUACUUCACACUGCAGAAUUGCUCGACUCUGAUACUUUAGGCGUCGCCGUCUUUAUCUCGGAGACGGAAGAUACUAAUACUAACUAUAACAGCGAUGGAAGUACUAAAAUGGGCUCUGAAAUGAGUGUUGAUAGCGACGAUCAUGAUGAAGGUUUUGACGCGUUCACGUCGUUUGACAGUGCGCAUUUCGAUCGUGGCGGUUUCGACUUGAAUGAUCUCGACAAGCAUGUCUCGCUUGAAGUUUUAACCUCGUCAUUCGUUAUGAUUUCGCGCAACCUUCUUACUGGGACCGUUGUCCUGCUGGCGGCUAGUUUGGCUAACGCUGGACCCUGCCGCCCUUCGUCAAUUGCUUCCUCGUCUACUGUCAUUACAUCUGUCAGUGAGACUGCGACCAGUUCCUUCGAGAGCGAGAGCGCGACUUCCACUGCUUCUGUCGAUGCGACCCAGACUGCUACCACCGCGACUGAGUCUGAGUCUGAGAGCGAGACUGGAACAACCUUCAUUGUCGAAACGACUCCCACUGUCUCUUCAGUUGAAACCACCACUACAGCUCUUGUCGAUACCACCACAGCCGCGCCGGUUGUCACCUCUGCUGACACUACCACCGAGGCUACAACCACCACUGCCGCAGCUACCACCACCAGCGAAGGACCUGAAGCACUCCAAACCAUCUACUUGUACGCCGGCGGCAGCAAUGACCCCGCCCUCUCACCCCUCGGCGGCACAGGCUUCACAGCACUGGGCGACACAUCACUUCCCGACGUAGAAUACAUCGACUUCACUACCGACGCCACCUCCGCGCUAUUCUUCACCUUGGGCGAACGCACCGGCAAAGUCAAGAUCGGCAACGGCGCCAACGUGGGAAAGCUCGCCGGGUACUCUACAUCCGGCGACUUCAGCUUGGUGAUUAUUGCCGAAACUACACUUGCCGAGGAAAAUGGCAUUUCGCCUUUAGAUUGUGAGAUCAUUGACGGAAAUGGGUUCCAGAUGCUUCAGUGCCAGUACGGAGAUAAGGGGGUUGCGGACCUUUGGACGUGUGCUGGACACUUGACGCUGGUGAAGCCUGGUGUUGACUUCACCAGCAUGUGUGCUCGCGCUGCUACGGCCUACAAGCUGGGUUACAUUCAGGUCGUCGACUAUUAG